AUGGCUUCAGAGGAAGAAUAAUUGGACACCAUUGAGAAGUUUCAGAAAGCAGUAAAGUUGACGGCCAUUUUAAGACAGAAACCAACAUCUGACGAAGAAAUGCAACGCGCACAAAAGGCUUUGAUCAAGCCUGUAUCCAUAAGAAAUGCUGAAGAUUUCGAAGCUAUUGAGAAAGUCAUGAUCAGAGUUAAGUUCUUCACCAAAGUCAAGUUGAAAUACGGAUUAUUGGUCUUUAAGGAAGUCUGCAAGCAUUUGUAUUACAAAAGAGCGCAACCCGGUCACAUCAUGAUCAAAGUGAAUAAUGAAGGAAAAGCUUUCUAUGUGAUUUUGAGAGGCAGCGUUGGAAUCAACAUAUUUUUGCCAAAAGUCUCCUAAAAAAAAGCAGAAUCCAAAUCUACUUUCGGAGUGAAUGAAAUAGAAUUUGAGGACGAACCUUUCGAGUACCAAGAAGUCAAUGUUCUGUCCGUCGGCGAUUCCUUUGGAGAAGUAGCCUUGUUAGAUCCCAAUUCCAAAACGACAGCCACUGUUAUCACCAAGGACAUUUGCGAAUUUGCCUGUUUGGACAAAGAAUAGUACAUCAAUAUUUUAGGAGUUUUGAAUCAGGCAGAAAUGAAUGAGAAAAUGUCCUUUGUCAGAGGAAUCCAUUUCUUGCAUGGGUGGUUCGAUAAUGACUUGAAGACUUUGAGUUUCCACUUUGAAUUGAUGUACUAUGAGAGGAAUGAUGUCAUCUAUAGAGAAAAUUCAGCCAACGAUGGAUAUAUCUACUUCCUAAAGAAGGGAGAGAUCUCCUUAUUGAAAUUAUUUUAGAGAUAAUAGAUCUACGUUUGCAACUUGUGUGUAGGAGAAAUCUUCGGAGAGGAAAUGUACUUAGGAAUCAAUAAUAGAUAGCAUACUGCUAUAUGUAAUGUUUAAGAUACAUAGGUCUAUAGAUUGGCUAAAAGUGAUUUGGAUAAGAGAAUGUGGUAGAUAGAAAACAGGAAUCUCUUCAAAGAGAGUGUUGAAGUCAGAUGGGAAUGGAGAAACCAAAGGUUUGACAAUUUAAAACUCUUUGAAGCAAAGGUUGAAUAAGAGGAAAACCUUCAAAAGUAUUUAAAACCAAAAACUGAAGCCAUUCUUGAAAGACCUUAAAUCUAGUAGUCUCACUCCACUAAGAUCUCCUCCUAUACUUGUGUAAAACCAUUCAAUUUCAUGGAACCAUUGACAGCAGCAGAUGAGUUGUUCGAAAACAAUGGAAUUUAAUCCAAAAUCUUUCAGAACAAAAUUAAAGUCAGACAAUAUAAUUCAUCCAAACAAUCCCUAAGGAAUUACACCUAUAUGAAAUAAUAGAGUCAAAUCGGACUCAUUAAGCAGAAUCAGUAACGAAAAGAAAACCUAAAAAAAACGAAGCGAGUUAAUUCAUAACAGUUUAAAUCAUUUUUGUUACAAAAAUUUCAAUCAGAAGAGCACAAUAUUCAAAAUCAACUUCCUUUCAAUUUUAUAAAUCAAGAGACUCAAAAUGAACCAGCUGAAUAAUAACAAUAGUAAAUCUAAUAAAAAUUGACUUCCUUUGGAUAAUCACAGCAAAAUAGCUUAUACGAAGAUGUAAUUUAGUUUGCAGUUUCUUAGAAAUAAAAAACACUUAUAAAAUUACCUUAAGCCAAUUCAACAAAAUAUUCUAGUAAAGAAAAUAGCUUUAAAAAGCUUUCUCAAGAUCAAAUUCAUCAUCGUAAAUCUCCGUCUAAUUUAUCAUAUGAAUUCUCGGAUGCUAAAGGUAGCUUCUAAUAUAAAAGGCUUUUUAAGUAUUGA